GAAUUACCAUCAGACAACUUUGGAGCGUAUAUCAUAUCAAUGGCUACUGCACCAUCUGAUGUGCUUGCAGUUGAACUUCUGCAACGCGAAUGCCAUGUCAAGCAACCGUUGAGAGUUGUACCGUUGUUUGAGAAGCUUGCAGAUCUGGACGCAGCUCCUGCCGCUUUGGCUAGGUUGUUUUCAAUAGAUUGGUACAGAAAUCGGAUCAAUGGGAAACAAGAAGUCAUGAUUGGGUAUUCUGAUUCAGGUAAAGAUGCUGGAAGGUUUUCUGCGGCAUGGCAGCUAUACAAGGCCCAAGAAGAGCUUAUAAAGGUAGCUAAGGAAUUUGGUGUUAAACUAACCAUGUUUCAUGGUCGCGGAGGGACUGUUGGGAGAGGUGGCGGUCCUACUCAUCUUGCUAUCCUGUCUCAGCCUCCAGAUACUAUCCAUGGAUCACUCCGUGUAACUGUCCAAGGCGAAGUUAUUGAGCAAUCGUUUGGUGAGCAGCACUUGUAUUUCAGAACACUACAAUGUUUCACUGCAGCUACUCUAGAGCAUGGAAUGCAUCCUCCAAUAUCUCCCAAACCAGAAUGGCGUGUUUUGAUGGAUCAGAUGGCUGUCAUUGCCACAGAAGAAUACCGUUGUAUGGUAUUCCAAGAACCACGUUUUGUUGAGUAUUUCAGGCUGGCCACUCCAGAGUUGGAGUAUGGCCGUAUGAAUAUCGGAAGUCGACCGGCAAAGCGAAAGCCAGGUGGAGGUAUUGAAACACUCCGUGCAAUACCUUGGAUCUUUGCCUGGACACAAACAAGGUUUCAUCUUCCAGUGUGGCUAGGCUUUGGGGCAGCAUUCAAGCAUGUUAUUGACAAGGAUAUUAGAAAUCUUCAAAUGCUUCAAGAGAUGUACAAAUCAAUGGCCUUUCUUUAGGGUCACUAUUGAUUUAGUGGAAAUGGUGUUUGCCAAGGGAGACCCUGGUAUUGCUGCUCUAUAUGACAGGCUCCUUGUU